AUGACAAUGAAAGGGAAAAUAUCUCCUUUGUCCAGUGAAGAGAAAAGGUUCUUCAAAGCUGCUCAGACUGGCAAUGUGCAGGAACUCCUCAAACAGCUAGAGGCGGCGAGCGAGAGUCGGCGCGGGUCCGGUGAGACCGCAGCGGACCUGCGCCACCCCCUGGGCUGGACGGCGCUGAUGGUGGCCGCCGCCAACGACCGGCCGGCCGCCGUGCGGGAGCUGCUGCGCCGGGGCGCGCGGCCCGACCUUCGCGAGCGCUACGCCGGCGCCUCCGCCGCCGCCUCGCUGGCCGGCCUGCAUCCACUCGAGGCGCUCCAACGUCGCGAGGACGAAUUUUGCAGUUCUAUGAAUGCCCGAGCUUCUUUUCUGGGCUGGACGGCAUUACAUUACGCGGCGCUCGCCGACUCGGCCGCGUGCGCGCGCGAGCUGCUGGAGAAGGGCGCGGACCCCACGGCCAGGGACCACGCGGGGCGGCGUCCGCUGCACUACACCCGCGACCCCUCGCCGGCCCGCGAGCUCAUCCUGCAGCACACGCGCCGCUGGGAGGAGGCCGCCGCCGCCGCCGCCGCCGAGGAACGUCGCCGGUUCCCUCUCGAGCAGCGGCUCAAACAGUUCAUCGUGGGCCAGCAGGCGGCCAUCGAGACCGUCGCAGCGGCCGUCCGACGCAAGGAGAACGGUUGGGCCGACGAGGAACACCCCCUCGUGUUCCUCUUCCUCGGCAGCUCGGGCAUCGGCAAGACGGAGCUGGCCAAGCAGCUCGCCCGCUACAUGCACAAGGACGACCCGGCGGCGUUCAUCCGGCUCGACAUGUCCGAGUACCAGGAGAAGCACGAGGUGGCCAAGCUGAUCGGCGCGCCGCCCGGCUACGUGGGCCACGAGGAGGGCGGCCAGCUGACGCGCGCGCUGGCCCGCCGCGCCGACGCCGUAGUGCUCUUCGACGAGGUGGACAAGGCGCACCCCGACGUCCUCACGGUCCUCUUGCAACUCUUCGACGAGGGUCGGCUCACGGAUGGCAAGGGAAAGCUCAUCGAAUGUAAGAACGCCAUAUUCGUAAUGACGUCCAACCUCGCCUCAGACGAGAUCGCGCAGUACGGGCUGCAGCUGCGGCGCGAGGCGGAGAUGCGCGCGGCGCAGCGCACGCGUCCGCAAGUCACCGACGUCCCCAAAGAGAAGGUGGAGAACAAGCCCCCCCUACCUCCCGAGGGUGGGGACGCCGAGGACGCAGAGGACGCCGAGGAGACGCUGGAGGUCUCGCGUCACUUCAAGGAUGGCGUCGUGAGACCGAUUUUAAAGAAACAUUUCGGUCGCGACGAGUUCCUCGGGCGCAUCAAUGAGAUCGUGUACUUCCUGCCGUUCUCGCGACAGGAGCUGCUGACGCUGGUCAAUAUGGAGCUGAAGCUGUGGGCGGAGAAGGCGCGCAGCCGACACGACGUGGAGCUGCGCUGGGAGGGCGGCGUUCUGGGCGCGCUCGCCGACGGGUACGACGUGCACUACGGCGCGCGCUCCAUCAAGCACGAGGUGGAGCGGCGCGUGGUGAACCAGCUGGCGCUGGCGGCGGAGCGCGGGGCGCUGGCUCGCGGCGCUGGCGUGCUGCUGAGCGCGCGCGCCGGCCGCGUGCAGCUGGCGGUGCGCCGCGCGCGCGACCAGCGCUACGAGCCCCUUGACCUCGCCGCGCUCUGACUCACCCCCCACUAACUUCAUUAAA